CAGAGGCAGGAAUCGGAGCAGCACUGCCGCCUCUGGCGCGAAGGCUCAGGCGCCUCCUCCCGCCCCAGUCACUGUGGCUCGGAGCACGCUGCCGGCCGCUGCCCUUUCCGCCUCUGGGGAAGAAAGCCCUCCGGCCACUGCCGCGCUUGAACCAUGGCCUCGGGCCGAAGGGGUUGGGACAGCUCCCACGAAGACGAUCUGCCCGUGUACCUGGCCAGACCCGGCACCACGGACCAGGUCCCGCGGCAGAAGUACGGCGGCAUGUUCUGCAACGUGGAGGGCGCAUUCGAGAGCAAGACUCUGGAUUUCGAUGCCCUGAGUGUGGGGCAGCGGGGCGCCAAGACUCCCAGGAGCAGCCAGGGCAGCGGCCGCAGCCCUGGGAGCAGACCGGGGCCCGAGGGGGACGCUCCACGGAGGAGCCAAGGCCGGGAGGAGUGCAGAGAGCCUGCGCCCGCGUCGCCCGCGCCCGCCGGGGUAGAGAUCCGGAGCGCCACUGGCAAGGAGGUGUUGCAGAACCUCGGUCCCAAGGACAAGAGUGACCGUCUUCUUAUCAAAGGAGGCAGAAUCGUCAAUGAUGAUCAGUCCUUUUAUGCUGAUAUUUACAUGGAAGAUGGCUUAAUAAAGCAAAUUGGAGACAAUCUGAUUGUCCCUGGAGGAGUGAAGACCAUUGAAGCCAAUGGGAAGAUGGUGAUCCCUGGAGGCAUAGAUGUCCACACUCAUUUCCAGAUGCCCUACAAGGGGAUGACCACAGUGGAUGACUUCUUCCAGGGCACCAAGGCUGCCUUAGCCGGUGGCACCACCAUGAUCAUUGACCACGUGGUGCCCGAGCCCGAGUCCAGCCUGACAGAGGCCUAUGAGAAGUGGCGAGAGUGGGCUGAUGGGAAGAGCUGCUGUGACUAUGCCUUGCAUGUGGAUAUCACCCACUGGAACGACAGUGUCAAACAGGAAGUGCAGGGUCUCAUCAAGGACAAAGGAGUUAAUUCCUUCAUGGUUUACAUGGCGUAUAAGGAUUUGUAUCAAGUGUCCAACACGGAGCUCUAUGAGAUCUUCAGCUGCCUGGGAGAGCUGGGGGCCAUUGCCCAGGUUCAUGCUGAGAAUGGGGAUAUCAUUGCCCAGGAGCAAACUCGGAUGCUGGAAAUGGGGAUAACUGGCCCAGAAGGCCAUGUCCUGAGCAGACCAGAGGAGCUGGAAGCUGAGGCUGUGUUCCGCGCCAUCACCAUCGCCAGCCAAACCAACUGCCCUCUCUACAUCACAAAGGUCAUGAGCAAGAGCGCAGCUGACCUCAUCUCACAAGCCAGAAAAAAAGGAAACGUGGUCUUCGGGGAGCCCAUCACUGCCAGCCUCGGCACAGAUGGGACCCAUUACUGGAGCAAGAACUGGGCCAAGGCAGCCGCAUUUGUGACGUCCCCACCUCUGAGUCCUGACCCAACCACUCCUGACUACAUCAACUCCUUGCUGGCCAGUGGGGACCUGCAGCUCUCUGGGAGUGCCCACUGCACCUUCAGCACUGCCCAGAAAGCUAUUGGGAAGGACAACUUCACAGCCAUUCCCGAGGGCACCAAUGGGGUGGAGGAGCGGAUGUCUGUCAUCUGGGACAAGGCUGUGGCCACAGGGAAAAUGGAUGAAAAUCAGUUUGUGGCCGUGACAAGCACAAAUGCUGCUAAGAUCUUCAACCUGUACCCCCGCAAGGGAAGAAUAUCUGUGGGUUCUGACAGUGACCUGGUCAUCUGGGAUCCAGAUGCCGUGAAGAUCGUCUCUGCCAAGAACCACCAGUCGGCUGCCGAGUAUAACAUCUUUGAAGGGAUGGAGCUGCGCGGGGCUCCCCUGGUAGUCAUCUGCCAGGGCAAGAUCAUGCUGGAAGAUGGCAACCUGCACGUGACCCAGGGGGCCGGCCGCUUCAUCCCCUGCGGCCCAUUUUCAGACUAUGUCUACAAGCGCAUUAAAGCCCGGAGGAAGAUGGCAGACCUGCAUGCGGUCCCCAGGGGCAUGUACGACGGACCGGUGUUUGACCUGACCACCACCCCCAAAGGCGGCACCCCCGCGGGCUCCACCCGGGGCUCCCCCACUCGGCCCAACCCGCCCGUGAGGAACCUCCACCAGUCGGGAUUCAGCCUGUCGGGCACCCAAGUGGAUGAGGGGGUCCGCUCAGCCAGCAAGCGCAUUGUGGCGCCCCCUGGAGGCCGUUCUAACAUCACAUCGCUGAGUUAAGCAACCCCUCCCCAAAAGAGGGGCAGAAGCAAGAAGAGAUGCUUUUGAAGCCAAAAUGGUACACCAAUAUUUAAGAAGGAAAGCGAAUCCAAACAGUUGCGAUCUAAAGAAUCAAUAAGCCUCAAGCCUUAUGUUUCUCCAAUGUUAUGCUCGCUUGCCUAGCUUUAUGAAUAUUGCUUUGUUUUCUGUUUAUGCAUAGCUUCGAUUUGUUUGAUCUCCCCCCCUCCAUUUACAUGCAUGCAAUCACACAGGCCACUAAGGUAAAAAGAGUCUGCUAUAUAGUGUUGAGAGCGUGUGUAGUGCUGCAUCUUAAGACAAGGGGACAGACAAUGCUGGGAUGUCAGGAAAAUGAACAAAAGAGACACAGGGCAUUUAGGGUGUGUGUGUGGUGGGAGCCCAGAGCUAAGGUGGAGGGUGCAGAGGGACUGGGGCAGGGCAUGUAUGAGGGAGGUGGGUGGGCCUGGAGAGCAGAAGGGGAUGUUGUGUUUUCUGUUGAUGAUGUCCUCUAUUUUCAUGGAAGAAGGUCACUUGUGGCUGCCACCACUUCAUCUUGGUCCCCUGGGCCCUGCAGACAGGGCAGGUAGUCUUUGGGUGCUGGCCUUUGUCAUGUCUCCUCCUAGUAGAUUUUAUUCCUUUGAAAAUUUUAUUAAAACGCCGAAAUCCAGCCUUUUCUUCCACCUGCUUGAUUGUGCCAGUCUUUGCUCGGGCCUCUUUGUUAACGUUGCUUUCACAUUUUUCUCUUUCCUCAGUUGGGAAGGACAGCCAGGGAGGGACAACACAUCUCUUCCUUUUGCCCUGCCUGCCUCUUUGGUGCUCUUAAAAGGCAACAGCUGGGAGGAACAGCACAGGCCCUCAGGGAGGGGGCAGCCACAGUUUAAAUAAAUGCCUCCCUCUGAACACACAGGGAGCCUCUCCCUCUCCUGUCUUUACAAAUGGAGAUGAAUAGCAUGCUUCUGGAAUCACCGAAUUAGGAUUUUAGCUGAGAUGGGGCAGAGCGAAGGGCUUCACUUGCCACGGGUAAGUGUUUGUUCUUCUUCAUCUCCUGAGACCCAAGCACAUCCACUAUUGAAUAGGGUCUUUUUAUGGAAAGCUGCUUUUAUUAGGAGUCCUGUAAAUUUUUCUACCAGUAUGUAAUCUCAGUUUAUUUGGGAGUCAGCAGGGAUUUAGGAAAGCUGAUUCCGAGCAGAGGGAGCACAUUUUGCAGCCAUGGUGCUUCCAUAUUUCAAUUCUAAACCACCUAUUUCCUCUUCCAGUAGCAGAUCCUUUAGAGGACCUUUUGUUUCAGUAAAAUCUUCCGAGGUGAGUGGAAGUUAGCAUGGAGUGUUUACAUCAACUUGCCUUUUAGAGUUGAAUAUCCGUUUCCCUACCAUGCCACUUCUGAAAAUACAAUUUGGGAGGAAGAUCUGAGGAAGUACAGAGCAAGAUGAGGAUCUGUAGAGCCAAGAGGCCCACAUGCAGGAAAAAAAUAAUCCACCUGCGAUCAGACUUCCAUGCCCUGGUCAGGGGGGAUCCAGCAGGUAGAACCCAUAAUCCUAUGUACUAAGUACUUUGAAGAGAAGAGCAGGCCUCAAACACCUUUUAAGUGCUUAGUAGAAACCACUCUCUCUCACUGCAGGUUUUAAUAAAUUGAAGACCAGAGAAAAGGGAACAAAUGACUACAAAGGGAUAUGGAAAUAGCCAAGGGAGAGAAUUUCCCCAUUCAAGCUAAUUUCUCUUUUAAUCACAAACAGAUGAUUCCUCUCAACAUGGGGAAACUUGAUAUUUUAAGGUUUUCAUGGUGCCUUUUUUUUAAGGGAAAUUAAGUAAAGGAGAGAAUGUAGCUUUUCAUUUAUAAAUCAAAGAUUUGAGGGCGUAUCAGGAUCUCAGAAAACAGUUUUGCAUGCAGAGGGAGUUUGUCACAUGUCAAGUAUAUACCUCGCUGGUUGGGCUGGGCAUUAGGCUGUGCUGCAGUACCAGCUACAACCACCAGAUGGAGGAAAAGACAAACUCGAGUCUGAACAUCCACUUCUGCACCAUCUCCUGCUGUUCCCCAGGCCCUGAGUGAGUCCAGCUCAUCUUUGUAGUACCUCUCUAUGCCAUGAAAAUAAACCUUCCAUGGCCAGACCACUCAUCUGCACUGCAUUUGGGACUUCUGAAAUGAAGCAUUCAACCACAACUGUAUAUUCCUCAAAAGCCUUCCCUGCUGUAGGAACAACCCCAUAAUGCCUUCAGGAUGGGCAACGUUAUCUAAGGAAGCCUACCUCUCUCUCUUCUCUAUUAACAACUUUCCAAGCAUAGGAAUUCCUGAUCAUUCGAAGAAAAUUUGCUUUUCUUGGAUUUCUUGGUAACUUCAUACCUAAGUUAAAAUUUAUAUUCAAAUUUGUUUUGUUCCAUGAGGCACAUCAGUCUUCUGCAAAGGAUUUAGGAAAAGAAGAUGACAAUGAGUAAUGGCCCUCUCAGAAUUUACUGGCAUCUCAUCCAAGGGUGGGGGAGCAUGGUGGAUUUUCUGGCUGCCUCCCAAGCUUUGUUUUGCCAACUCAUCUCUUGGCCUGACCCCUCUAUCAGGAUGCCCUUGCUUUUCCCCCAGCUUGCUCACAUUGUUUCUAAAUCCAGAUGAUAAUCUGUGGCACUUCUCUCUAAGAGGGCCACAUGUUUGGGUAACUGAGAAGGUAUUUGUGGACCUGUUAAAUCAGCCACCCCAAUAGAGAAAUUCCUUUUAAUUCCAAGUUUUCUAAAGAUGGCAGGGUCAAAGCAAUCCUGAAAAUAGGUUUUCUUCAAAGUCCAGUCGUCUUUGUCCUUUUUCUUCAUAACUACACCCAGAGAGACAUGCUCUGCUCCAAAGGCCUGAAUCCCAAGCCCAGACUUUUGCUCACCUCGAGAAGCCCUUCCUGACAGGGUGGGCAUUUCCUGACUUUGGUCUUGCCACAGGUUUCCCAGGCAUUCUCCUCUGGAAAAUUCCAGCUUGAGUCCCAGUUAUACUCAUGGGCUGUCCUGGACGGCCAGCAUUCAUUUUAAGUUCCCUCUUUGGAAAUGGUGUGUGGGUGUUCAGUUCAGUGUCUGGUGAAUAUGGACAGACAGUAAAUCUCCCUGUAAUCUGUGGUAGCUGUAAGCAGCUCUGGAACGUGAAGAGCUGUUUGGUUUGAACCGUGAAGAAAACCGUGUUUUGAGUUUAGCUGAGAUUAAAAAAAAUUCAAGUGACUGUUAAUGUAAACCUGGUUAUUAAAAUAACUAUAAAAUUA